CCUGUAUCUCCGUGGUUAUCCUGCCACGUCGCUGUCGCCGCACGGUUGGACCCCGAUGGCCUGAUCGGGGCCAGGAUAUAUAUUGCCUGAGGGGCCCCUCGUCUCAGCCAUUGCGCCCUCCACGUCUUUCUUCUCCGUCUACAACUUGAUAUCCACCAUCAAUUCGAUCCGAGCAUCCAUUCGAUCGCAAAGAAAUCCAUCAACAGAAAGAGAAAACAGAGUGACAUCACCCUACGCUAACCGGUUUGAGACGAUCUCUCUCCCCGCACUAACCCAGCUCGGACUAGUCUCGCUCUCUACUACUUCCUUCUCUUACUCUCACCUCUUUCUAUCUUCUUACUUUCAUUCUCUUCUUCGUAUCUUCAUCUUUAAUCUCCUCGACUUGCAUCAAUUCUCAUCCCCCUCAUUUGCUUUCGCAUCAUUCCAUCCGGUUGUUGGUUCAUCAACUCUAGCAUCAACCGUGACUUCAUACUAGCCUUCCGACUAGCUUCGGCGGGGCCCAAUCCGACCAACGAGUCUGUGACGUACGACCGACGACCGGUUUCCACUCCCUCUUUCUUCUCACCGGUACCCAUCCACCCCCGAAGCUAAUGCUGCUGAUCUCAUAAUGCUCCGGACGACAUUCUUCCUGGCUGUAUACUAAUUGCCGCAAUUCUCCCUCAUCCAGACCAUUCCCGAACUCCCCUUAUACCUCCCCCCCCCCCCAAAUCUCCUCUCCCUCUCCACGUUCGAUCCCCAUCAUGCCUCCGAUCGAACUCCCCAAGCGCCGGCGCAUUGCCGUCCUCACCUCCGGAGGGGAUGCCCCCGGCAUGAAUGGCGCCGUCCGCGCCGUCGUCCGCAUGGCCAUCUACUCCGACUGCGAGGCCUACGCCGUCUUUGAAGGCUACGAAGGCUUGGUGGCCGGCGGCGAGAUGAUCCGUCAACUACACUGGGAGGACGUCCGCGGCUGGCUCUCCCGCGGCGGCACCCUCAUCGGUUCCGCCCGCUCCAUGGCCUUCCGGGAACGGCCCGGCCGCCUGCGCGCCGCCAAGAACAUGGUCCUGCGCGGCAUCGACGCCCUCGUCGUCUGCGGCGGCGACGGCUCGCUCACCGGUGCCGACGUCUUCCGCGAGGAGUGGCCCGGUCUGCUCGACGAGCUCGUCACCAGCGGCGACCUCUCCACCGACCAGGUCGAUCCCUACCGCUCCCUCAACAUCGUCGGCCUCGUCGGCUCCAUCGACAAUGACAUGUCCGGCACCGACGCCACCAUCGGCUGCUACUCCUCCCUCACCCGCAUCUGCGACGCCGUCGACGACGUCUUCGAUACCGCCUUCUCCCACCAGCGGGGCUUCGUCAUCGAGGUCAUGGGCCGCCAUUGCGGCUGGCUCGCCCUCAUGGCCGCCAUCAGUACCGGCGCCGACUGGCUCUUCGUCCCGGAGACGCCCCCUCGCGAAGGCUGGGAGGAUGACAUGUGUUCCAUCAUCACCAAGAACCGCACCGAACGCGGCAAGCGUCGCACUAUCGUCAUCAUGGCCGAAGGCGCCCAUGACCGCCAGCUGAACAAGAUCUCCAGCAACACCAUCAAGGAUAUUCUGACCCAGCGCCUCGGCCUCGACACCCGCGUCACCGUCCUCGGCCACACCCAGCGCGGCGGCCCCGCCUGCGCCUACGACCGCUGGCUUUCCACCCUGCAGGGCGUCGAGGCCGUCCGUGCCGUCCUCGACAUCAAGCCCGGCAUGCCCUCCCCCGUCAUCACCAUCCGCGAGAACAAGAUCAUGCGCACCCCGUUGAUCGAGGCCGUCGACAUGACCAAGCGUGUCGCCGCCUUCAUCGAGCGCAAGGACUUUGACGGCGCCAUGGCCCUCCGCGAUUCCGAAUUCAAGGAAUACUACUGGGCCUAUCGCAACACCGCCACGCCCGAUCAUCCCCGCAUGCUCCUCCCGGAGAACAAGCGCAUGCGCAUCGCCAUCAUCCACGUCGGCGCCCCCGCCGGCGGCAUGAACCCCGCCACGCGCGCCGCCGUCUCCUACUGCCUCGUCCGCGGUCACACCCCCCUGGCCGUCCACAACGGCUUCCCCGGCCUCUGCCGCCACCACAACGACACCCCCGUCAGCUCCGUCCGCGAGGUCCACUUCGUCGAGGCCGACCCCUGGGUCAACGAGGGCGGCUCCGACAUCGGCACCAACCGCAGCCUGCCCGCCGAGGACUUUGAGACCACCGCCCGCUGCUUCGAGCAGUACCGCUUCGACGCCAUCUUCGUCGUCGGCGGCUUCGAGGCCUUCACCGCCGUCAGCCAGCUGCGCCAGGCCCGCGACCGCUUCCCGGCCUUCCGCAUCCCCAUGACCGUCCUGCCCGCCACCAUCUCCAACAACGUCCCCGGCACCGAGUACUCCCUCGGCAGCGACACCUGUCUCAACACCUUGGUCGAAUUCUGCGACGCCAUCCGCCAGUCGGCCUCGUCCUCGCGCCGUCGCGUCUUCGUCAUCGAGACCCAGGGCGGCAAGUCCGGUUACAUCGCCACCACCGCGGGCCUCGCCGUCGGCGCCGUCGCCGUCUACAUCCCCGAGGAGGGGAUCAACAUCAAGAUGCUCUCCCGCGACAUUGACUUCCUGCGCGAGAACUUUGCCCGCGACAAGGGCGCCAACCGCGCCGGCAAGAUCAUCCUGCGCAAUGAGACCGCCUCGUCCACCUACACCACCCAGGUCAUCGCCGACAUGAUCAAGGAGGAGGCCGACGGCCGCUUCGAGUCGCGUUCCGCCGUGCCGGGCCACUUCCAGCAGGGCGGCAAGCCGUCGCCCAUGGACCGCAUCCGCGCCCUGCGCAUGGCCAUCCGCUGCAUGAUGCACCUGGAGGACUACGCGGGGAAGUCGGGGGCCGAAAUCGCGGCCGACGAGCUGUCCGCCUCGGUUAUCGGGAUCAAGGGCUCGCAGGUGCUGUUCUCACCGAUGGGAGGCGCCACGGGACUCGAGGCUACCGAGACGGACUGGAAGCGCCGUCGUCCCAAGUCCGAGUUCUGGCUGGAACUUCAGGACACGGUCAACAUUCUUUCCGGACGGGCCACGCUAGGUGAGGGAAAGACGCUGGGCGAGGGAAAGAUGUCAUGGGCUUGCUACGAAAAUAUCAUGCCACCCGCAUCCCGACCAGGCUCACCAUAGCCACCAUUCCCAACGCAAUGAAGUGAUGAUGUAUGACGAAGGCGGCGUGGUUUUACCAUUCAAUCCAGUACAGUACAGUAAUUCUAGUUUGAUAUUCUGUAGAUGCAGACGACCCUGAAUGCAAUGCAAUGUUCUUU